AUGUCAUCAAAUCAAAAUCAACAAGCUGGUCAACAAUGGAACAACCAGCAACAACGACAACAAGAUCGUCAAGAUCUAAAUCGUCAACAAAACCAACAAAAUAACCAAAGUUUAAAUGCACAACGACAACAACAACAAAAUCAACAAGCUGAUCAACAAAUAAAUAACCAGCAACAACAACAAGGUCAACAAAGUAAUUGUGCUCAACAAUUUAAACAAGCUGGUCAAUUUGGAAAUGCACAACAACAACAACAACAAAAUCAACAACAACAUCCUCGACUCAUUCACUAA